AUGAGUACAGCACUAUCACAACGCAAACCAGAAAAACUUGAUAAAGGCAAAGAAAAGGGUAAAGCCGGUGGUAAAGGUCUUAAAGCAGCAUCACCUAUUCUCGAUGGACCCACUGAAUCUGAUACAAGUCGACCACUUGAUUCCGAAGAAAUUCAAGCAUUAGCUAUUCGUCUUGAUGAACUUGAAAAAUUACAUCAAGAGAAGAAAAUAAGUCAAGAAGAACAGCAACGACCAGUCAUUGUAAAAAAAACUAAAACUGGUCCACAAAAGCAACCAAUACAAGUAGCUAAAAUUGCACCACAACAACCCGUACAAGAGCAAUUGAUCAGUGCAGGAAUAAGAUUUGAUCCAGUAGGAAGUUUACUUCCAUACAGUAUUCUUGGUACAGUGAAUGAUUAUGUUGCUGAAUUAUCUGAUCUUGAAGCUGCUGAACUUUGUGCAACAUCUAGAGAUAAGCAAACUCCUGAGGAUAUUCCAGAAGUCGGUCAAUAUAAUAAAAAAAGAGUUGGUAGUCCUGAUGGUGGUGGGCGUUCAUUAGAAAAUUGGAAAUUUCGAAUGGACGAACGACGACAAGUGAUGAAAAAUAUGUCGAAGGGGUUAAAACGACCGCCAGCAACUUUGCUCAUGAAUCAAACCGAUCGUUGGCGAGAACGUAAAGAACUUAUGGAACUUAUGGAUGCAACAAUACCAUUGAUAGAAAACGGAAAAAACAGGCGUUUACAUAGUGAAUUUUGGACGCAACAGCAACUUAUUGGAAGCGAUGAUACAGGAAUACAUACAACACUGACUCGUACAGAAGUUGGUCUUCCUCCGCCGUUUGAAACUAUUGGAAAACCAACGGUUGGCAUGCUCGAAACGGGUAUCGAUUUAACGCAUAAAAAUACUCAAAGUUUAAGCAAACGAGAAUGGUUUCAAUCUGAAUAUUUGGAACAACGAGUUAAUCAAUUGAACCCAUACAUGCAAGAAAUCGUUCCACAUAAAGCGGAUUUAUCAUCAUUACAAAUCAUUGGUCACAAUACAUUGAGCCGUAAAAGUCAACAGAAGAUUGAUAUUGAAAUUCAUGUUUUUGAAAAAGCCAACGAACGAGAUAAACAAUAUGAAGAAGAAAUAACCGAUAAUAUUCAAUUAAAUGAUGAUGAUAAAGAAAAUGAAAAUUUCGGAGAUACAUUUAACGAUAUGCCCGAUAUCAUUAACGCACCUAUAAUGGGUCCGGCUUUAAAAAUUGAUACAUUCGUAUUUCAACAAAUGCCAAAUAUAAAUGAAAAUGAAGAACUUGAUUUUAUGUAUGAAAUUCGUGUUCAAUUCGAUAGUCAAGUUAACCAACGAGUAACACGUAUGGUUGAAAUAAAAAAUGUCGGAACAACAGUUUUCUACUACGAAUGGCAACUAAAACCAUAUACGAAACCAUUCGAUAUUGUCAAUUCAAAAACUCAACGUUUCUAUUUCGAUAAUCGUACAAGCUCAAUUUUGCCCAAUGAUACGCUCAAGCUUUCAUUUGUAUUUAAAUCAAACGAGUCCGGAAUAUUUACUGAACGUUGGCAAUUAUUAACGCGUCCUGUACUUUGCGGUGGACGACCUAUCAUAUUUACAUUGCGCGGAGUAACGAUCGAAGAAGAUAUUCAUCGAGAAACACGUGCCAAUAUUGAAAAAAUGCUUCUUCAUAAAGAAGCAGAAAGUAUUGUUCGAAAAAUUGUUUCCGGCAUUCUUGAUAAUGUUCGAACGCCGGAUCGAGCGCGGUCACCUGUCGGUUUCUAUAUGACCGAACAAGAACAAUUUCAACAGAAUAAUCCUGAUCUUUACUUUGAUUAUGAAAUCUUUGAGCAAAUUAAAAAAUUAUACGAACAGGUUGUACCGAAUUUUGAAGAAGAUAAAUGGAAUUUAUCCGUUGAAACAUUACGUUAUAAAAUUUUAUUAUUCGAUGAAGAUAAUCCAAAUAAACAAAUCUUUCUUGAACAACUCAAUCAAGCAGCUAAUCAAUUAACACUUCAACCAAUAGCACCAUCCGAACAAACAACUUACAUAGUUUGUUAUGAUAUUAUGAAUCAAUUUAUUGAUACAUUUGUUGAUGAAAUGAUAAAUGUCCAUCAGAAACUGCAAAUUCCGGAGCCUGCAAGUGAAUCGUAUCCCGAUAUUGACUUGUAUGGUUAUGAAUUUGAAUCAUGGAAAAAGUUUUUUGAAUACACAAAACAACAAGCGGAUGAAAAACGCGCUAAAAGUGCUGGUACUGGUGGUAAAGAUAAGAAAGCAGCAGCAGUUGGAAAAGUAGAACGAGGAAAAGAUGAUGAUAACAGUGAUAGUAGCUUCUCAUCGUCUCCGAAAAGAUCGCCCGCUCCAUCACAAGUUCCAUCGGCUGUUGGUAAACGCGCAGCAGCCAGUGGUACGGCUUCUCAAUUGACUAAACGCCCAUCGUUCGUCAGUCCAGCUAAACCAGAUAAAGAACAUUCUCAAUUAACACCACAACAAUUAGAUGAACGUUUCAAACUCUCUCAAGGAGCUUAUUUACCAAUCUAUACUCUACUAUGCCAUACAUUCGAUCGUUUAGAACAAGCACUCGAUGAUUUAUCAGAAAAAUCUCCCUCCAAUAAUGAAAGUACUCUUUAUUCACAAUUGGCAACAUCAAUACAAAAUCAAUCAUUGAAUAUUCUCGAUAUUCUUAAAGACGAAUUAACACGCAAUGUAACAACAGUCGAUGUAGACAAAUUUUACUAA